CUGUCGUCGCUGAAGAUGUCCAAUAAUGGCCUAGAAGCUGAAGACAAGCCUCCGGCUCCCCCGAUGAGGAACACCAGCACGAUGAUAGGCAGCGGAAGCAAAGAGGCCGGACCCUUGAACCACGGCUCCAAACCGUUGCCUCCUAAUCCGGAAGAGAAGAAAAAGAGGGACCGCUUUUACCGUUCGAUCUUACCGGGAGACAAAACCAACAAGAAGAAGGAGAAAGAGCGCCCCGAGAUCUCCCUCCCUUCCGACUUUGAGCACACGAUUCACGUUGGGUUCGAUGCCGUCACAGGCGAAUUCACAGGGAUGCCUGAGCAAUGGGCCCGCUUGCUGCAAACCUCCAACAUCACCAAAUCGGAGCAGAAGAAGAACCCGCAGGCCGUGCUCGACGUCCUAGAGUUCUACAAUUCCAAAAAGACCUCCAAUAGCCAGAAGUAUAUGAGCUUCACAGAUAAAUCUGCAGAAGACUAUAACUCCUCCAACACACUGAAUGUGAAGGCGGUGUCCGAGACCCCCGCCGUCCCCCCUGUGUCGGAGGACGAAGACGACGAGGACGAUGCUGCCCCUCCCCCAGUCAUCGCACCCCGGCCCGAGCACACGAAGUCCAUAUACACCCGGUCGGUGAUCGAACCCCUUCCUCCAGCCCCGACCCGAGACGUGGCCACUUCCCCGAUCCCCUCGCCUUCCGAAAACAGCACGACCCCUCCGGACACGUUGGCAAGGAAUACGGAGAAGCAGAAAAAGAAACCCAAAAUGACAGACGAGGAAAUCUUGGAGAAAUUAAGAGGUAUCGUGAGUGUGGGUGACCCCAAGAAGAAAUAUACAAGUUUUGAGAAGAUCGGGCAAGGGGCUUCAGGGACAGUUUACACGGCGAUCGAUGUAGCUACAGGACAGGAGGUUGCAAUUAAGCAGAUGAACUUGCAGCAACAGCCCAAGAAGGAGCUGAUAAUUAAUGAAAUUCUCGUCAUGAGGGAAAACAAGAACCCCAACAUUGUCAACUAUCUGGACAGUUACCUCGUGGGGGAUGAAUUGUGGGUAGUGAUGGAGUAUUUGGCAGGCGGUUCCUUGACAGACGUGGUGACAGAGACCUGCAUGGACGAAGGGCAGAUUGCCGCCGUGUGCCGGGAGUGUCUCCAGGCUUUGGAAUUCCUCCAUGCCAACCAAGUCAUCCACCGGGACAUCAAGAGUGACAAUAUCUUGCUGGGGAUGGAUGGCUCUGUCAAGCUAACCGAUUUCGGCUUCUGUGCUCAGAUCACUCCCGAGCAAAGCAAGCGCAGCACCAUGGUGGGGACGCCAUAUUGGAUGGCGCCCGAGGUGGUGACGAGGAAAGCCUACGGACCCAAAGUGGACAUCUGGUCUCUUGGGAUAAUGGCCAUCGAAAUGAUAGAGGGGGAACCUCCGUACCUCAACGAAAAUCCACUGAGGGCUUUGUAUCUUAUUGCUACCAACGGGACCCCCGAGCUGCAGAACCCGGAGAAGCUUUCGCCCAUCUUUAGAGACUUCCUCAAUCGCUGCCUCGAGAUGGAUGUGGAGAAGAGGGGGUCUGCGAAAGAGCUCCUCCAGCACCAGUUUCUCAAAAUCGCCAAGCCCCUCUCCAGCCUCACUCCUCUGAUCAUCGCGGCGAAGGAGGCAGCGAAGAACAACCACUGACGUUCCCCGCGGGGCUGCCGCCGUCGUGCCAAACCCUCUUGGCUUUUAACUUUUCCCGAAAACG